ACGGUCGGUUAUCAGUUGAGGCAAAACUAUAGUAAACAAGCAGAGACACAAUGAAAGAAAAGACACAUAAGAGAGUCUUAUUCCCCUCUCUUGAUCUAAGUAAUCAUAAAAUACAGUAUGAAAAGGAAGGAAGGACAUAACCUAUUCCAAAAUCUCCCGAAAUUUAGAGCAAACUCGAAGUAAAUUUUGGGAUAAGCGAUUCCACAGCGAUCGAGUCUCAGUGGAGGUAGAAACACCCACCCAACAAGGUGUAUUCGCUUCUUACCUGCAUCGGCGUCAACAAAACGGGAAAAUAACAAAAAUCUGUGUACCUUCUUUGGAAGAUUGAGGAGUGACUUAGUGACUAGACUGAAGGAAAGAAAAUGACAAUACAGAGUACUGUGAAAAUAAGAACAAAAGGGACGUAGUGAAGGUUGUGCCGACUGUACUUUGAGGAAAUAUAGCACAAACAUGCGAUAAUGAUUACGUUAAUUGUGGGAUGAGAACAAGAGUUUGGGCACCGAGAGGUAUAAAGAAGUACAAAACCAAAACCCGAAACCGUACAACUCAGGCUACGUCGAGCAUGAGAGAGUACAUUGGUGGAGCGAAAACCAUAUAAUGACUAUUUUUAUUCAGGCGAUUUUGGGUUUCAGGAGAAGAGAAAGAAGCAUUAAUGUGAUGAUUUAACAGGACUUGAUCGGAUGCACCUUGUGUGAAGCCAAAGCUCCUGGGAACUGAUAUCAGGACAAGAUGAACAAAAUGAUAAGAGGUCUUCGUCUGCUGCGCGGGGGGCGGGGUCGGGCGCUGAGGCUGGGCGUCCUGGCGGUGCUGGGCGUGUGGGCGUGGGUGGCGCUGCUGUCCGGGGGCGGCGACACGUCUCCUGCUCAGCCGCAUGGCAAGGUUAGCAAGUCCCCCAGCCCUCAGGUCGCGCCCUCCAAUCAGCGCUCAGCAUUCCACGGCGAGCCACGCCCCUCCAGACAGCCGAAACCACGCCCCCAUGAGAGGAGAUAAUGACAAGAACCAGAAGGGCAAGGUCAGCUUCAGCGCGAGCGAGGACGUCAACCCAAGGUACAACAUCGCGGCCAAGAAGGAGGUGGUGGACGUCGAACUCCUGCCCCUGAAAAAGGAGGACUUCGAGGACGUCCCCCUGGGCGACGCCGCGAGGGACAAGAAGGGGGAGGGGAAGGAGGACCAGGAAGGACCCGACGCGAGGGAGGACUACGACGAAGAUGAAGAUGACGAAGACGAAGAGGAGGAGGAGGAUCAAGGGAAGUGGGGAGGGAGGAAUAAAAUGGCAAACGGAGACGAAGGCCCUGUCGAGGACGAGGACGUGCAAGCAGCUAAGGAUAACGUGGCUCUCGAGGAGCAGGGGGAGGAGGAAGGGGAGCAGCACCUGAAAGCAAUGGCGAAGGACCUCCAGGCGAAGCAACUCCUGAAGCAAGAAUACUGGAAGUCCCCCGAGGGCGCGAAACUAUGGGAGAAAAACCGCAACCUGGAGGAGAAGAGACCGUUCGCCUUCAACGACCUCGAGGCGAACGUCUGGAAAGGAGAAGACGACCUCAUGGGACUCAAGGGGAAGGUCGAGGACUUGAGGACCAACGACCUGAAGGAAGACGCCGGUGCUAUCGAGGACGACCUCAAGUUGCGUAGGAGGAGAGUGAAGGAAGUGUGCAAGAAGUAUAACCUGGGUCCUCUGGCCAAACCCGGGUCUCGUCCGAGCAUCAAGCACCCGCCCACUCCCAACUACGACGUAUUCUACUUCGACAGAAACGACGGCCUGGCCUGGUGCCCCAUAUACAAGGCCGCCUCAACGACUUGGCUUUACAACUUCAUACUCCUGGGCGGCCUCUCAGACUCCUACGUGCAGAACACCAAGGAACAAGUCUCCCACGUGGCCAGGAAGUUGUGGCCUCCUCUGGAAUACACGCAGGCCGAGGCCCUGAAGAUGAGUCUCAAGUUCAUGAUCGUCCGCCACCCGUUCGAACGCAUCGUCUCCGCGUAUCGAGACAAGCUGGAGAACCUAAACAUCGGGAAGGAACACGGAAUCGAACACUUCUACCAGAAAUACGGGCGGAAGAUCGUGGCCAAGUACCGCCAAGAAGGACACGGGCCGCCACCAGCCGACAGGUACUCGCAGGACAAGGACAACCCAGCCCUUCCGCCGCCGAAGGGGAUCGAGCCGACCUUCGAAGAGUUCGUGAGGUACCUGAUCAACACGGACCUCGUUUAUUACGCCGACGACCACUGGAUGCCCUACUACCUCCACUGCACCCCGUGCCUCGUGGACUAUGACGUCAUCGCGAAGUUCGAGACCCUGGAGCGGGACCAGCGGUACAUCAUCCAGAAGAGGAAGCUGGAGAAGAAGAUCGAGGUCUCGUGGAAGCACCUGACGAAGGGGAAGAAGACGGCGGAGACAGUUAAAAAAUACUUCGCCACGAUAACUAAAGAGCAGCUGUUGAAGCUUUACGAGAAAUAUAGGAUUGAUUUUGAAUUAUUUAAUUAUUCUAUCGAUGAUUAUUUGUUUUACGUGAAACCGUCUUAGUAUAUGAUGUAGAUAAGUAGCUUUAGACAGGGAGUUAUAUGCACAGUUUAUAUACUCGUACAGAAAACAAUGUGCCUUGGAUACUUAUCUGUUAUAUUUUUACAGUAAAAUAUAACCUUGCUUUGUUAUACAAUAUAUGCACAUUUUUGGUAUGUAUGUUAAAUGAUAUAUAAAAAUAUCAGCCUCUUUGUUCUAAUAAAGCAUUAUAUAAUGUAUAGAAAAUGAUGCCACGACAAUAUCUGGUCACAAUAAAAGAAGAAAAAUAGUGC